CGUCCAGGAAGAAGCAGCGAUGGCGACGCUGGUGGGGUCCGCGGUGAAACCAGCCCCCCGCGGCAGCAACCUGGCCAGCCAGCUGGCGGCCAGCCGGGUGAGCGGCCGGGGCUUCAGCAGAGGGACCCAGCUCCCAGGAGGCCUUCUCCAGGAGAGAGACAAGCGCGCCAAGUGGCACGGCAUCCCCAUUUUACUUCAGAAGCUGUUUGAGAGCAGCCAUCCCAACAGUGACCUCUCCCACGCCCACAGCUUUCUCAAGGUUUUAUCAUCCCAGCUCUCCAUGGAGGCCAUGACGUUUGUCACAGAGGACAGGAAGACGCCGCAGGAGUCCACCUUCCCCAACACCUACACCUUUGAUCUGUUUGGUGGAGUUGACCUGCUUGUGGAGAUCCUGAUGAGACCCACGUUAACUAUGCAGAAGAAAAAGCCCAAAAUGAAUGAUGACUUGGUCAAAGACUGCCUUAGUGUCCUGUACAACUGUUGUAUAUGUACUGAGGGAGUGACAAAGAGCCUGGCAGCGAGAGACGACUUUGUCCUGUUUCUCUUCACCCUGAUGACGAACAAGAAGACCUUCCUGCAGACGGCGACUCUAAUCGAAGAUAUUCUGGGAGUCAAAAAGGAGAUGAUCCAGUUGGAGGGCAUCCCCAACCUGUCGGGCCUGGUGCAAAGCUUCGACCAGCAGCAGCUGGCCAACUUCUGCCGCAUCCUGUCCGUCACCAUAUCAGAGCCGGACGUGGGGAAUGAUGACAAGCACACUCUGCUGGCCAAAAACGCCCAACAGAAGCGAAACGCCAGCCCCUCACGAGCUGAGGUCAACCAGGUGACCCUCCUGAACAUCCCUGGCUUCAUCGAGCGGCUCUGUAAGCUGGCCACCAGGAAAGUGUCUGAGGCUACAGGAGCCAACUUCCUGCAGGAGCUGGAGGACUGGUACACGUGGCUGGACAACGCCCUGGUGCUGGACGCCCUCAUGCAGAUGGCUACGGAGGAGGCUGAGCAGAGCAGCACUGAGUCGUCAGAUGAAAGCUCUCUGGCCACCAGCCCUCUGAGGCACCGGCUGCCUCAGUCCAUGAAGAUUGUCCAUGAGAUCAUGUACAAGGUGGAAGUGCUGUACGUGCUCUGUGUCCUCCUCAUGGGCCGGCAGAGGAACCAGGUUCACAAAAUGCUGGCGGAGUUCCGUCUGAUCCCGGGGCUAAAUAACCUGUUUGACAAACUCAUCUGGAGGAAAUACACCGCUUCAAAUCACGUGGUGCACGGCCAGAACGAGAACUGCGACUGCAGUCCAGAAAUAUCCUUCAAAAUCCAGUUCUUGCGACUACUGCAAAGUUUCAGUGACCACCAUGAGAACAAAUAUCUGCUCCUCAAUAGCCAGGAGCUGAAUGAACUGAGUGCCAUAUCCAUGAAGGCCAACAUCCCGGAGGUGGAAGCUCUGAUCAACACGGACAGGAGCUUAGUUUGUGACGGGAAGAAGGGCCUGCUCACACGGCUCCUCACCGUCAUGAAGAGGGAGCCCCCAGACUCAUCUUUUAGGUUCUGGCAGGCUCGAGCAGUGGAGAGUUUCCUGAGAGGAGCCACGUCCUACGCAGAUCAGAUGUUCCUGCUCAAGAGGGGUCUAUUAGAGCACAUCCUGUUCUGCAUCAUAGACAGCGGCUGUACGUCUCGAGACGUUCUGCAGAGCUACUUCGAUCUGCUCGGAGAGCUCAUGAAGUUCAACAUCGACGCCUUCAAAAGAUUCAACAGUUACGUCAACACUCCUGAGAAGUUCCAGGCCUUCCUGACGCAGAUCAACAGCUCUCUGGUGGACUCCAACAUGCUGGUGCGCUGCAUCGUCCUGUCUCUGGACCGCUUUGAGAGCCAGACGGAGGACGUCAAAGUGGUGGAGGUUCUCUCCGAGUGCUCCUUGUUGUCCUACAUGGCCCGAGUGGAGAACAGGCUGUCCUUCCUCUUCAGACUCAUCAACAUCAUCAACGUCCAGACUCUCACACAGGAGAACGUGAGCUGUUUAAACACCAGUCUGGUGAUCUUAAUGCUGGCCCGGAGGAAAGCCAAGCUGCCCUUCUACCUCAACGCCCUGCGGGAGAAGGAGUACACGGAGAAGUACCCGGGCUGCCUGCUCAACAACUUCCACAACCUGCUGCGCUUCUGGCAGCGCCACUACCUCAACAAGGACAAAGAUAGCACGUGUCUGGAGAACAGCUCCUGCAUCCCCUUUAGCUACUGGAAGGAGACGGUGUCGGUGCUGCUGGGCUCAGACAGGACUUCUCUGUGUGCCAUAGUGAGCUACAUUGACGAGCCCUUCGUGGACUUGGACAGAGACCUCCUGGAAGAUUGACCCCCCCCUUCCCCCCCGUUGUGCUUGGGGCGGAGACGGGACAGAGCGGUCACAGGGAGCGUGGACUCCUAGAACUGGCGGCGACUCCCCGGGGCGGAGCUCCCGGAGCGCCGUGGACCUGAAGACUCACCUUUUGUUGCUGUUCCUUCGCAUGGAGGCCGCCGUCACAAAUGUGAGCGGAUAUUUGGAAUUUGCCUGGCUGUCAUCUCUUCACUAAAUUACAUCCUCUUUCUUUCUGAAAAGAGGGGGAGGAAAAACCCUGAAUACCCAGCUCUGAUUGGCCUCACGGGGUGACAGUUAAGGGAACUUUAAAACAAAAAAACAAACGCCUGGUUGGUGGUUUGCUUUGAGUGACAUUCAGAUAGAGACUUUUAUAUAACCUGUACAACAUUCUAUAAGAAAUAUGUAUGAUUCAACCAUUUAUGUGUCAAGAGAAAAAAAAGGAUUAGUUUGGGGUGGACGGUUGUGAGAUGAGCACAGAUGUGCGGGGCGGUGGUGUGUGUGUACCAGGGCCGCCGGGGGUCUCCAGCUCACCUUUCCAUCUCACACCACUUCCUGUUAUCCGGGCCGGGGCCUCUGACAAGCACACGUUCCUUCCCCGCUCCUGCGGCCGGAGCUCCAGCUCCACGACACACGUAGGUAGCUGCAGGGCCGGCGGGCCCCCCCAGCCCCCCCCACUAACACGCCCCAGUCACCCGAGGCCCGCAGCCUCAUCCAGGGAUAAAUCCUUUUUUGUUGGUUUCUUUGAUUGUUAAAGUGGCUUUUAGGUUCUGGAUGAAAUUAGAAUAAAACAUUACACAGAAGAAUGGUUUUUAUUGUUUAAUAUAUGUUUAACUCGUUUGUUCAUUAAACAUCUCCGUUCUAUAACAGAAGUGGGUUCUGUGUGGUGAGAGGUGCUUUAGGAAAAAAGGAUCAACUAUGCAGGCGUCGGCGUCCAGCUGACACUUUCUCUGACUUUUAGUGCUCAGCUCAACCUUUUUUUUUUUUAUUGUUUAAAGUCGACCACUCUGCACGUUUCCUGGAAAUCCCCAAAGUGUUUGUCUACAAGAGUGGGAGGAAGCCGUGAGGAGGGUAUCUGUGGCCGGGACGUUGAGAUCAGGGAGGCACCGUGUUGAAGCAGAACCGGAGGAGUGGGCCGCCUCGUCUCUUCUCCCCCGUGCCGUGCGGAUCACGCGGCUCCAGAUCUCCUCGCGGCGCCUCCUGACUCGCGCUGCGCUUUGGUGUGAAUGUCAGCGGGCAUUUCUGCAGCCGCUCACAUCCCGGGACGCAGACAUUUGUAAAGCCUUUUAUCUGCUUUAAUUGGUCUGAAAUGGUUUCUUGCUCUUUCAGCGUGUCUUUUAAUUCCUUCAUGAUUGUGCACAUGCUUGGAAUCUGUUUGUGUUUGUGGGAAAGUCACAGCAAGAACACUCAAGUGCUUCUUAGGUUUGUUUUGGGUUUUGUCCACUGAUGCUGUUCUGUUGUGCUGCCCAACGAACCCCAGAUGACCUCUGAACCCCGGUUCCUCUGUGGCCAACAUGACAACGGGUUCUGGGUCUACGUAGGAAAUGGUGAAACACUACCUUGGCCAGAGUGUUGCACAAUGCAGCAAAUAUCUUCUUUUAUUUUAACAUUUUAUUUGAAUGUGAUAUUUUGAUUUGUGGCUUCAGAUUUACAACGUUUAGCAUGGUGCGAACAUUAUUACACCUUUUAAUGCCAGCUUUAAACACCUAAAGCUGACCGUGGCCCUGCUGGGAGGAAGUGUGACCUCCAUUUACCUUCCACGGACCGGCACAUGUGGGGUGAUCGAUAAUGUGGUGGAAAAUCUCAAUAUUUUAGGAGAAACUGUUCAUGAUUCAUCUGCACUGUCAGUCUCUCCAGCAGGUCUGUAACCAGCUUUCAUCCUUUCUGCUUCCCUCUUCAAUGAUGGAUUUUAAUUUAAUUCUCCUUAUUUAACAGCUGUUUUGUCAAAUUUAAAAUAAUAAAUUCUCAUUUAGCCUCUUC